AACAAGACAUUUACUUCAUGCUGCUGCACUUCUUACAGUUAAAAUUAGUCAUCGGCUACGACUAAUUAACCCAGAUUAACCUGUUUUAUUGUAAAAACCAAAUGCAAGGGUUCAGCCUUCAGUGUGAACAGAUGACAAAUUAACCUCCAUACAUGUUGCAAAUGCUUGAGGUGAAACACUGGAAGACUCGUUUUCUAUUUCAAGAUUACGCUGAGCAUGAAAACUCAACUCGAGCACACUGGCUUAGAAUGUGAUCAACAGAGCAGCGCUGAGUUGUGGAAAGAGGUUGAAGCAAAUUCAUCGAGAUAUUACAACAAUGGAUACUGUGACAGAAGACUUUGGACAUUCAGAGGCUGACGCUGAGAUGAGAGUGCUGACACCUGAAGAUAUUACUGAGCCAAACCUUGAUGCCAGCGAUGAUGUGGAGAACCUUCGUAACAGUUUACGUGAGGCUGUCCACAAUGAUGAUGUCCGACCUAAGAUGCAGUGCCUGAUGAUGGACUCCUGCUUCUCCAUGGUAACUAUGCAAGGCGAGGACAGCGGGAUCGCGUGGGAGACGACUCCUAGUCGCUGCAACACACCAUGGGGAUCUGAGGCUGGAAACUCAACAGCAGAUCUAAGCUCUCCGGUUGUACUCAGGUCUGCAAAACCUGGGUCUGUUCCAGCAGGAAAGAUAAUCUUUGUCAUGGAUGAGGAGCUUAUUUCAAGACGGAAGAAAUCUAAAGAGCGGGUAACCAGUCAGAGGAGACAACGAGAAGUCCUCGUAGAAAGCUCGGAGAACAUCUCAGGAAGGCCAGAAUUAGUAGGAUUCUCAGAGCCAAAUGUGAAACCUGAAAGAGAGGGAGACGAAGAAGAUCCAACUGAGCCUCUGGUAGAUAAAGAACAACGGCUAUUCAGCUUAGUGUCUGAAGGCUCUGAAAUCCUCAACAUUGUUGUUCCUCCUAAACUGGCUACUGUGGAUGAAGAGGAGAGCAAAGAAAUGGUGGACAACUUAUUUUAUCUGGUGGAGAGCCCCGUUCCUAAAGCAAGUGAGGAGACCAAUGAUAACGAGCUGUGGAUCUCAACAAUUGCUCCAACGCUGUCAGUUGUAGCUGCAGAUGAACAAAUUAAGCAUGUAAUGGAUCCACCAGGGGCGCCAGUGGCCAGACCUCCAGGCAGAGGAGCUACUGGAAAUGUGGACUACUUUGAGGCGUUCGCCCUGAUCGAUGCCCAGGCUCCAGGAAGUCCUGCUGUGAUCGCACAGGAACAAGUGGAACCCGAGGCAGAAAAUACAGCCAGGAGCCAGGAUACCGAAAACCUGGUGCAGCCUACGGACGCCACCACCACAACAACUGUGGAUAAUGACAGGUCAGACACAGUCAGUCUAGAGGAAAUCAACAGCGAGCUUCUAGAUGAAGUCUUCUACGGUGGUACCGACAACUACGCCAUGAAAAGUCUAGACACCGAGGUUAAAGGUGAAGUGCGUGAAGGUGCGCCCUUGAGGCUCCCUUCAAAACCAAGCGGCUCGACUUUAUUUGGAAGUCAAGAGGACAUCCUGACUCCGAUCUUUCUACCUGAAGGACCUCCUAAAAUUAUCGACCCCAUUUUGCUGGAAGAGCCCAAAGCCAUGGCCUUCCUUUACACCGAUCUGUAUGAGGAAGCAAUCGGCAGUCGACAAAAAGAAGAGGAUACAGAAAGUAUGACCUCUGAGAAGUCCUUCCACAGCAGGCAUUCAGACCGGGAGGCCAGGGGAUAUUUAGAGAAAUACGUCCUGAUAGAUGAGACGCCCACGGUGGAUGUGGAAGCAAGGGAUAAAGAAAAAGGCCAAGAGCAAGGUCUUCGGACAUUACCUCAAGAUUUGUAUGAUUUCGAUUCACUGUCAAAGCCUGAAAAAGGUGAGGUGCCAAACUCGGAGGAGGAAAUCACAGACUUCUUCAGGUCCAGUGCCAAUUCCUCUCCAUGUGAUGUGGAGCCUUUCCCUCGAUCACCAGAAGAGGAUAAAACGCAGUCAGCAACAAAGAGUAAGAAGAGUAAGACAAAGAAAAGUGUCUCCAUAAAGGUAGAAAAAGUGUCUGAAACCCCGGUAGAUCCACUUAGUAUCUCAAGCUUUGAGUUUCCAUCAGAGGAAUUAGACUGGGGAAGUACAGACGAUCAUCCAACAAUCCUGGAAAAGAAAGAUAUAAGUGUGCAUUCAGAUCAGAUAUUGUGGGAACAAGAUUCGGAAAUGCAAAAGCCAGUUGCCCCUCCCAGAAGAAAAGCAACAUCCUCUUCUAAGGCGUGUCUGGACCUGACACCUCUGACUCCAGUUGAUUUUAUUAAACAGGAAAAAGAAGAGGCUGGUGGAAAGGAGCAGAGGGAGGAGGAGAAGGAGACAGCGUCACCUGCAGAGACUGCCGACGAAGGAGAUGGAGAAGAGACGAUGCAGUCGUCCUCCAAAGUUUCCGAGGACGCAUUAGCUGCAAAAGAAGCCGAGUCCCCACAAACGGAAAAUGUAAAAGAAAGCAAUGAAAUAACAGCCAGAGACACAAAACCAGCUGAAGCUGAGGAGACAGACGCUAAAACAGUAGAAGAAGAGGAAAGAAGUGAAACAGCUACAAAACAAAGUGAAUCAGAAGAUGUAAAUAUUAAAUCAUCAGAAUCGGCAGAAACAGAGGUUAAUCCGGAGAAACAAGGAGACAGUCCAGCUCCCUUACCAACUGAACCAGCUAAAGACAAAGUACAGUGUAUAAUACUUUAGAGUAGCUACAGUAUUUUCAAUAAUUUUGAUGUCAAGUGCCUUGCUGAUGUGUCUUUAAAAUCACAUUAGAAUUACCCUGCAUUCAACUGAGGUUAAGUCUUAAAACUUCCAAUAAGAAGACUGUAAAAUAUAGAUUUAUGUCUCUGUCUAGUUUUUAUCAUUUGAACCCUGUUGUACUCAUGCUGCAUGAAUUCAAUAAUCAAUGUCUUAUCCAAAACAGACACUCACACUUAUCUAGAGCUGCCAAAUAUUUGCAAAUGUCAGCCUGUCAAAGGAUAUUUGUUGCUUUUCUUUGUCAUUUAUCAUCGUAAACUGAAUAUUUGGGGGUUUUCUUUGGACUUUUGGUUGCUGAAAAACAAAACAACUGGACAUUUUUCUAAUGUUAAUCAUAAUAUAAUUGGCAGAUUAAUUGAUAAUGAAAAUACUAUGAACUAGUGAAAUAUCCAGAGGAUGAUAUGUUCCUCUGUUUCUCAUUAACCCAGUCUCCUCAGUGUAGACAGGUGGUAAUAAUGCAUGAAUCAUGGUGUGUUUGAAGGCAGAGGUUUGGGUUACGAGUGUGAAUAAAAGGGGGGAGAGUGCAUGUGUUUGUGUGACGUUAGGGCGGAUCUUAAGCUAUAAAUAAGCCUCUCUUGCUGUUAACCUGACACCUCGACCCAACUAGAAGUCUGUGUACUAUGUACCUACUUGUAAACAGUCAAAAAAAUUGUGAUAAUUCACACAAAUGUGCACUUUUAUUUCUGAUUGAUUACCUAUAGGCUACUUAAAUAAAUAAGUACAUUUAUUUAAUCCAAAGACUACCAUGACUGUUAUGUAUGCAAAAUUAAACAAAUAUUUUAACUGUG